AUGCGAGCCUUCAAAGUUGCGCUGGCAUGCCUGCCGCUUGGCAUGGCGGGGGACCUCUCGGCGCUGAACAUGCAACUGGCACUUCGGCUCAUGCGUGUGCAGGCCCAGAAGGAGUUGAUCAGCGACCAGGCCUCCAAGUUGGACUCGUAUCUGAGAUCGCGACGUCUACAGACCUACCUCAGCCAGACGGACUACGAUACGACGGUCGCGCAGCUCAAGGCCGACGAUUACAGCCUUGGUGGAGCCAUGGAUUCAGCCUGGCUCUGCCUCUGCGGAGCCCUCGUCAUGUUCAUGCAUGCUGGCUUCGCGAUGUUGGAGACGGGAUCCUGCCGAGCAAAGAAUGCCUCAAACGUGCUGAUGAAGAACUUGGUCAACGUCACCUUCGGCACCAUCGGCUGGUGGGUCUUUGGCUGGGCAUUCGCGUAUGGCACCCUUUCUGGAGGCUUCAUUGGCACCGACGGCUUCUUCGGCCUCGGAUUCUACACGAAGGAUGCCAAUGACAUCAUCACGCCGAACAGCUGUGAUGCGGAUGGAUGCCAGAGCACCAUGCUUAGCUGGUUCUUCCAGUGGGCGUUCUGCACCGCUGGUGCCACCAUCGUCAGCGGUGGUGUGGCAGAGCGUGUGAAGAGCCCUACCUAUGCGGCCUACGCCUUCGUCAUGACGAGCUUCAUCUACCCGGUGGUAGUGGCCUGGACAUGGAAUUACGGCUGGCUGGACACCAUCUUCGAUGUGGGCUACAUGGACUUUGCUGGCAGCGGCAUUGUCCACCUGACUGGAGGUGUGAGUGCCCUGGCUGGGACCAUCGUCCUCGGUCCUCGCACUGGCCGCUUCGUGAACCCGGAGGAGUUCGAGCCUCAUAAUUUGCCCUUGGUGGUGUUGGGCACCUUCGCGCUGUGGUUCGGCUGGUAUGGCUUCAACCCGGGAUCCACCCUCGGCAUGCACACUGGCGAUACUGGUGCAAUGGCCGCUCAGGUGGCCAUGAACACGACCAUCUCAGCCGCUACUGGUGGCCUGACGGUCUUCAUGCUCCGCUUUGGCAUCUACAAGAAGUACGAUGUCGGUGGCCUCUGCAACGGCAUUCUUGCCGGACUUGUCUCGAUCACGGCCCCCUGCGGCAACGUGGAGUGCGGCAGUGCCUUUGCGAUUGGCUUCAUCGGAGCCCUCGUCUACCAGGGGGCGUCCAUGUUGCUCCAGAAGUUGAAGAUUGAUGAUCCGGUGGAUGCGAGCCCUGUUCAUGGCUUCUGCGGCGUUUGGGGCUUGCUCGCAGCAGGCCUUUUCGACUGGGGGAAGGGCUUUGACCACUACCACGCCUGGAAUGGAUUCAGCUGCAAGCCCGUCAGCGACUCCGACCCGACCUGCAUGACUGCUAUCGGCGGCAGAGCUAUUGCUGCACAGGCGAUUAUGGCGCUGGUGAUCAUCGCUUGGGCCGGAACUCUUUCCGGUCUCGCCUUCUUCGCAUUGAAGAUGACAGGCAAGCUGCGCAUCGACGAAGAAACGGAGGAGGCCGGCAUGGAUCUGAAGCAGCACUCUCCUCCGAAGGCCUAUGCCAUUGGUCAGGCUCCACCCAAGGAGAAGCAACUGGAGCAGGGUAAGGAAGAGCUCGAGAAGGUCAUGACAGGAAAGACCGUGGUCUUCAACGACUACUCCUGGCAACACAGCGACUCCCAGGAAAGCAUUGAGAAGAAGAUGCAGCAGGCCUGGGAUGCGACCGAGCGUGAAGAGAACCAUGUCCUGCUAAAGGAGGUCGCCGCGAUCCUGAAGAAGCAUCCCGCCCUGACACUCCGCCUGAAGGGCAUCUCGAGCGGCCGCGGCCAGAACAACCACAUCACGGAGGCAGCCUUCACGAAAGACUUCGAAAAGGACUUCCCAAGCGAGCCACUGGACAAGCGUGAGCCUUAUGCUCACGGCCGUGUGCUGAGCAUCAAGCGCAUGCUGGUGAAGGAGGGAAUCAAGGCAGACCGCAUGAUUAGCGAGAUCGUGGUCGCCAGCGGAAGCAAGGUCGAAAUGACGGUGGAGUGA